AAAAAAAAAAAAAGGGCAUAAUUCAUGCGCACGUGAAUGCUGCGAUUAUCGGAAGUUGACAACAAAGAGGGCUGAAGUGUUGGAGAGGGAAGAGGCGGAUCGAGAGUCGACGGGGAAACCUCUGAAGCUCUGAAUCAAUUCACGACCAUGGCGACCGAGGAGGUGCAGGUGAUCCACUCGUGGUCGGCUCCCAGGUCCCUCAGCACCAGUCUCAUGUACUCUUUCGCUCAGAGGGACGAUAUGGAUGUGGUCGACGAACCUCUAUAUGCAAACUUCUUGAGGAUCACUGGCGUGGAGAGGCCCUACCGUGAUGAACUCCUUGCCAAAAUGGAUUCUGAUGGAAAUAAGGUGGUAAAGGAGGUGAUAUUCGGACCUGGUGAGAAGAAAUAUCGAUACUGCAAGCAUAUAGCAAAACAACGUCUUCCUAAUUUGACAAAUGAUUUGAUGAAGAAAGGAAAACAUUUUAUAUUGAUUCGCAAUCCCCUUAAUAUCUUGCAAUCGUUCAACAAGGUUAUAUCGCCUUCAUUUCUUGAGCUGGGUUUGGGUGAUCUUGUAUCCAUAUACAGUGAGCUUUGCAAGUUUGGUAAACAUCCACCUGUAAUAGAUGCUGAUGACUUAAAAAAAGAUCCAGAGGUUGUCCUCCGUGGGCUUUGUCAAGAUCUGGACAUCCCAUUUCAGACAUCCAUGCUAAAGUGGGAAGCUGGACCUAAAUCCAUCGAUGGAAUCUGGGCUCCUUGGUGGUAUGAGAAUGUGCACAAGUCCACAGGUUUUGAGAAACCAAAUUUGCAUAUGAUUCCCUUUCCACUUGAAUUAUAUGACUUGCUGGAACAAAGCCUGCCUUUCUACAACAUGCUCAGAUGCCAUUGUAGGAGAUUGGUAUCACCUCUUCAUUCUUCACUACCAUUUCCACCUCUUCCUGUCCCAGCCAAUGAGAAAAUACUCGUUUGGGUUGGUGAUGAACUCUUACCUCGUGAAAAUGCCAAGGUGUCUGUGUUUGAUUCAGUUGUGCAAGGUGGUGAUGCAGUGUGGGAAGGUCUCCGUGUAUACAAUGGAAAAGUCUUUAAGCUUGAUGAACAUUUAGAUAGAAUGUUUGAUUCAGCAAAAGCUUUGGCCUUUAUUGAUGUUCCAACACGAGAAGAGAUAAAAGGAGCUGUUUUCAAGACUCUGGUAACAAAUGGGAUGUUUGAUAAUGCUCAUAUUAGACUCACUCUAACGCGUGGCAAGAAGGUUACUUCUGGUAUGAGUCCAGCUUUCAAUCUUUAUGGUUGCACUUUGAUUGUGCUUGCUGAAUGGAAACCGCCAGUUUAUGACAAUACAGGAGGCAUAAGAUUGGUUACAGCAACUACUCGUCGUAACUCACCAAAUAGCAUAGACUCCAAGAUUCAUCACAAUAAUCUGAUCAACAACAUUUUGGCCAAGAUAGAAGGGAACCUUGCCAAUGCAGAGGACGCUAUCAUGCUAGACAAAGAUGGUUUUGUCUCUGAAACUAAUGCUACAAACAUCUUUAUGGUAAAGAAGGGGCAUGUUUUGACUCCUCAUGCUGACUAUUGCCUUCCAGGCAUAACUCGAGCAACGGUUAUGGAUCUUGUUGUUAAGGAAAACCUAAUUCUACAUGAAAGACGGAUAAGUCUAUCUGAGUUCCAUGCUGCUGAUGAGGCUUGGACAACUGGAACUAUGGGCGAACUUACACCGGAGCUUCAACAGGUUGUCAUGAUUGAUGGUCGUGUCAUCGGAAAUGGAGAAGUUGGUCCAGUCACCAAAAAGAUACAAAAUGCUUACAGAAGACUAACUGCAGAGCUUGGCAUGCCAAUACCCAUUCAUGGAGAGAGAUAACUUGGUAAUAUGACAGAUUGACAGGUUUGGUGCUAUAUCCACUGGAAAUGCCAUGCAAUAAGGUGCUCUUUAUCCAUGCCAUUCAACUUCCACAGUGUUGAGCAUCUCUGAACUCCAUUUUUUUUUACUGUCAUCUGUAAUAAAUAUGUGGAAUUUUGAUGAACGUGGAAUAUGAAUAUUUGAUAUUUAGAUGUUGAACGGGAUCCGCGGACAUCGGGUUGGCAUUCUGUUCUACAUCAUCCAGAUUCAGAGGCAACUUUUCCCCAGGAAUAUGGAAUAAACUGAUUAACCACAGGAUUGGUGGAAUAAACAUGGCUUAUUUUGUACCAUUCAAAUGAUUUUAUUUUAUUUUAUUUUUAUCAUUUUUAAUUCAAAAAUGGCUCGUUAAACUUAGAAAUACUAGAAUAAUACCCUCAAGACUAUUGAAUUUAAAACUCCACCCCACUUCAUUUCACUUCAUUGUUAUUCCUACAAGUGUACCCACUUCCAUUAAAAGGAAUAGACGUGUUGCUAAUUAAAGAUGUUCAAUGUAUCUUAUAUUUAUUAUUUCAGUAUUUUAAAAAUGUUAUUUGCUAGUAA